CUCCGCCACCGCAAAUCUGCCCGCGCCCACAGCUCAUGCUUAAUUGCCCAAUCUAAUCUGAUCAGCAGUUCACUCUCGUGUCGCAUCAUGGGUUUCAUGAAGCGUUUCCGCUCCAAGCAGAAGCUCAAGGAUAAAGAGCAUCCUCAGCUCCGCAGCUACGCCUACGAGUUCCCCGCCGUCUACACCGGCCCCGACUGCACCGCGCGCCUAGACGACAAGAUAUUGCGCCGCAUCCUGGAAUAUGUGUGCCCGCACGCGAUUGACGACAGCUACGACGCGAGCGAGCUCUUCGGCACUGAGGGCUGCAUGACGUGCGACACAAGGGACCUGGCCCACUGCGCCCUUACCAAACGACAGUGGUAUGGAGUUGCUGCAGGCCUUCUAUACAAGAGCAUCCGAAUUGAUGCCGUUCACUAUUGCGAGCUCGAGGAAGUCUACGCCGAACAGCGCCGCCGCAAGUCGCGAGGCCAUGACCCAAUUGAUCCCCCGACAGAGCGACUGCGCCAGCUCUGCCGCACAGUGCGAGACAAUAGCUACAUAGCUCAGAGGGUCCACUUCCUGAAGCUCCCGUACAUGACCCGUGAGGGCUGCAAGGCUGAUCUGGCGCGAACGGUCUCGGUCCUGCCGAACCUCGAAUAUGUCGAUCUACCCGAUGGCUUCUUCACCGGCGAGGCUGCAUCUCACACACUGAGGCAGGAAUUGCAGGCGCGGUGCCCGCGUAUUCGGAAGAUGCGGUACAACGAGGGGAGCGAACAGCUGCUGGAGAGUCUCUUGCAAGGCUACUGGAGGGAGCUUCGCGUGGUGGAGAUCUCAAAGAUUCAAUUUGAGCCGACUGUGCUCAGGCGUAUCUUUGGCCUUCUCCCAUGGCUUAGUGACGUCUCGUUCGAGCAUCUGCCGUGGCUAGGCGACAGCAUUUUCCACUCCGCUGCCGGCAUUCCCGACUUCCCCGCUCUCGAUACUUUGACGCUGAAGAAAAUCAGAAAUGUCACACAGCAAGGGCUCGCGCAGUAUCUAUCGACCCCUCUCUGUCGGGACACUUUGAAGACGAUCAACAUCAAAGACUGCGCUGGCAUUCCAGUGUCAGCUCUUCAUAGCAUACUCUGGGCAGGGACAGGUCUCGAGCACAUGACUUACAUUGCGACGGUCUCUGCCGCUCUCCCAAUCGAUCCGCUUCCACCACUUGCCUCCAUCUCCCUCCGCGUCCUAAACUUCGAAAUCACCUCCAGCGCUUCGAACCAGCAUUCCAUGUAUCCUCCGGCCGCAUCGUACUACCAAUACCUCACCACAUCCUUAAUGUCAAGCUCCCUCCCCACACUGCGCCAGCUCUACGUUCUCGACCCCGAUUUCGCCGAAUCCCUGACCUUGGCACCCCCAAUUCGCCCCUUUGCUGAUUCUCCACACCACACUCCUCGUGGCUUUAACCAGCCGCUUGAAGUGUUCUCCAAAGGUCUCGACGAACUGGACUGGGUAUUUACUUCCGUCAUGCCUGCUGACGCCUACGGUCGACGAGGCUCCAUGUCAGGAGGCCGUCCGCUGAGUAGCUACUCGGCUAGCAAGGGGCUCGGGCCGCAAUGGGGCGGCGAGUCUCGGAAAUCUAUUGUCGUUCCGAAUGGAUUUGGUGGGUUCUUGGCAAUCCCUGCCGACGAUGAGCGCCCCAAGAGCGCUGGCAACAUUAGUACCUCAUACCACAAUGGCACAGGAAACCGGGGGAGUUGGUUCACUCAUACUGGUAGAGAGAAGAGAGGCUCGCGGGCGGAUCUCUGGCGUUAAGAUUGGAUAUUACGACCGCGGUAAAAGAAGUUUACUUGCAGAUUCACGAGGAUGAUUUGCAUACCUGGGCAGUGUGCUAAAUCUCUCCAACUCCUUUGGAAAAGGCAGGCAUAUACUGGAUUGGCACACUAUUUCCUUCUGUUUUUAUGGGCCCAUCCCUUCAGCUUUCCAGCCAUCCUUCGCUGCUUUCCCUUUUCUAUUCUGUUUAAUACCCCUUUGCUUACCUUCAUUGCAAAAUCGCCCAGGUGGGCAAUCCAAAGUUCCCUCUAGCGGUGGCGAGUGAGACCAGGUUGCCCAGUUCUCUUUAUACAACUUUUCUUCUUUUCUUUUGUUCUUUUCACACACACUGGCUGGUGGGAAAUGGCGGGUCGGGAUGGCAUGACAUGGGAACGGCAAUGGAAUAACGACAACUACCAUCUUAAUACCUACAGACUACAUGCAGAUGAUUGAGCGUGCUAGAGAAGAGCAGGGAUGAGACGAG